AUGACAAAAUUCGAUAUCAAACUUCACAACGGCAGACGGACUUUCUCCACCCUCAGCAGCCUUUCUGAAACAGAGGUGUUUGGCUUGCAAUGGGAUAGAGUUAUUAUUCUUAUUCACGGAUUCCCAGAUGUCAACACAACCUUUAACAAAGCCUGGCCAUAUUUGGAAAAUGCGUUCCCCAAGGAAAAAGUUUUAUUGUUAGCACCCAAAUUGCGGGGAUACGAGAAAUCAAGCAUUGGGCCCGAAAGCGAAUAUGCGUUGCCAUACCUUGCUGAAGACGUCAAGGCCUGGAUUGAAGAGAUUAACCCUGGUAACAAAAACCCAGUCCAUUUGCUUGGUCACGAUUGGGGUGCAAUGGUGAGUUUCAAAACAGCAAACUUGUACCCACAUUUGGUCACUUCUAUUGUUACGUUAGCUAUCCCGUACCUUGCCAAUCUCCACUUGUGGGAUUUGUUGUGGUAUGCGCCAGAGCAGUUUUAUUUGUCUUCAUACUUUUUGACAAUGCAGAUUGCUAGCAUCUACCGUCCAAAGUUGACUGAAUCAAACGAGUACCUCAAAUACCUUUGGAAGUACUGGUCACCUUCUUAUAACGCAUCAAGACAAGAGAUUGACGAAAUCAGAAACGCUUUUAGGAAGGACAGUGUUGUUGAUGCCGUGACUUCCUAUUAUAGACACCUUUUUAGACCAUUCUCGUUAGUUAAGUCCAGAUGGCCCGUCCAUUUUGACAAAGUGCCAACUUUGAUCUUGGUUGGAAAAGAAGACGGGUGCAUGUCACCCAGAAUCGCCGAAUUAGAAAAGGAAAAGUUGAAAAACAAUCCUAAAGCUGAGGUCAAGAUUCUUCCAAAUGCUGGUCAUUUCUUACAAAGAGAACAGCCAGAGAUUGUCGCUAAACUUAGUAUUGAUUUUUUCGAAAAAUAUUCUAAAUAA